AUGCCCACCUCAAGAAAUCCAGUGGGAAUUUUUGGAACAAAACUGAAAACUAUAAAUGAGAGAGCCUAUAAACCACCAAUGUUCCCGUCCGCGUUGAGCUCCGAGACUGUGAAAAUGACACAACUUGGGAACCCGUAUCAGCAGAGGACUACUGUACUUCCGAUCGGACCACAUGGGCUCGCGGAGCCGGUGAUCAGCGUGGAUACGGAGUUGCCGGCGUGGGGAGUUGAGAAGGACCGCGGAUUCAUGAACAAGGCUCGCCGGGAGUACCAGAAAGAGUUUGAGCAGCAAAUCCGAGAUGUCCGAAUAAUCGACGAGGAAAUCAACAAGAUAUCAAAACUGAAUGAUAAUGGAAGAGCCAAGAGUUCGCAGAGAUGCUCACAAGUGUAUGCGCAUACUUUGAGCCUCCCACAAAUCCAAAAAAUGACUCACUCCCUGGGUCUCGCUGACGUGGCAUCGGUGAUACAGAAAGCGUCGGAUCUCACGGAACACCAGGAGAAUGAUAUUGCCCAACUCGAACUUGACCUGGAAGAGAAACGGAAACUUAUAGCUAAAGUUGAGAUUUUGCUGUCGCUCGCCGAAUCGAGAGCUCUUUUAUUUGAUUUGCUCAAUGAGCAGAAGAAGAUUGCGGAGAAAAUGGAGAAUUACGCAUUGGAUUUAUUGCAGAAAACCAACUUCCGCCCGCACACUCCAUCCCCAUUCUCUGCUGCCAGCGACUUAUCCGAGCUCUCCUCCGCUGUCCAACAAGUGCUCAACGCAAAAUCUGCGGGCUCCAAAAAGGGAUGGUCUAUGAUGAAAAGAAAACUACAUAAGAAGAGCAAGACACCGAAGAAAUUCGAAGUUAUCGAGCCAGAAGAUGUGGAGAUCAGAAAUAAUUUUAUUGAGGUUAACAAAAAAGCUGGACACCUUCAAGAGACCGCGGAGAUUGUGGAGCCUGUCCUAUCCGUUCCAUUCAUUGCUCAAAAUGACCAAUUUGGCCGUCAACCUGUUGCAGUGGCAGUUCACCAAAGACCUCUACCAGUAGCACCGCCAACGAUGAGCCCGAAGGUUUUAGGCCGCCCAUCACCCCAACGUGCCCGUGCCGCCCAUCAUCUCACCGCCUCCAAACCCCUCGCUCCUCCAGGAGCAUCGAAUGACGAGAGUGAAACAGUACAUGAACUCAUCGACAUGCUCCAUGAAGACAUCAUCAAACUUAGAGCUCAGAAAGAAAUUCGCCUCGCGGAGAGCAGACCCGCUGAGGAGGAGGAAAAGAUUUGCAGUCAGGUGCAGUGUGAUUUCGAGAAAGCCGACCUUUGCAACUACGAGUCCUCUCACGACGAGACCACACGUUUCCGUUUCUCAAAAUCCCGCCGAACCCACCGUCAAAAACGAUCACCAAGCCUGCCGCAACUGACUGAUGACUUGCUCGCGGAGCCCUCAAAUAUUGCAGACGACUUGCUACCGUAUACCUUCAGAGCAUGGAGUAUUUGGGCUGGAAGACGUGCGGAUCGACAGAAACAGAUUGAUAUUGGACCCACCUACUCCUCCCGAAAUCUUCACUUCGCCGCAGUUUUCUUGGAACCCCAACAGGCUGGAAUUCUAUCAAUCCCCCUUAUUCUGUCCCCAACUUCUACUAAAAUCCGUUUAAGACUUUUCGAGGGGACACGUGGAUUACGGUUAAGAAUCUGUUGUGACCGUUAUUGUCCGUUGGAAACUGAACAGGGAUUGUAUAGAGGACACAAAAGUUGGUUGAGAAAGACUGUCACGUGUCCAGCGAAUACUCAAACGCUCUCCUUCGAAUGUUUGAAUGAUGGUCCUGAUCGUGGAGCCUGCGGUAUUGAUGACAUCUUCGUGGAUUCCAAUAGAUGUCAUCAUUUUUUCAAGGGAACCGAUCAAAACUGA